GUCCUCACUCAAAAACAGACUUUCUGUCUUCUUCAUUCCCCUCUCCAUCUUCCCCAAUCUCUCUCUUUCUCUCUCUGCCAUGAAAAUUGAAAGUUAGGGUUUAAUCGAAGCUCUGAAAACCUGAAUUGCAAUGGCGUCGUGCUCGCUACCGUUGCCGGAGCUCACCUUUCUCUCGCCGCAGACGACUCCUAAACGCCGGCUUUCUCUCUCUACAGUUUCUAUUUCGAGAUUGUCGGUUUACAGGCACCCGAGGUUUGGUCUGCGAUCGCGAAUCAGAGCGGCGAAGGACGACGGGGUGGUGGUGGUGGAGGAGAGGGAGGCGGAGCUGAUCAGGAAAGUGAAUGGAGUGAGUGGUGAUGGAUACAGCUCCAAUGGCGCGGCGAUUAAGUAUACGAAUGGAAGAUUGAGUGAGAAUGGGAGCUUGGUGAAGUAUGUGAAUGGGAAUGGGGCGGCGGGGACGGCAGUGGUGGAGGAGGUUGAGGUUUUGAAGGCGGAGGAGGAAGGCAGGCAGAGGAAGAUUGAGGAGAUUGGGAAGGAAGACGCGUGGUUUAAGAACAGUGGAAUGCCGAAAGUUGAGGUCUCUGUUGCACCUGGUGGCCGUUGGAGUAGAUUCAAAACUUACUCAACAAUUCAGAGGACCUUGGAAAUAUGGGGAUUUGUUGUAUCUUUCCUUGUCAAGGCUUGGUGGAACACUAAAAAAUUCACAUAUCGAGGGGGAAUGACAGAGGAAAAGAAAACCUUAAGACGUAAGGCCCUUGCCAAGUGGCUAAAGGAGAAUAUUCUGAGAUUGGGUCCAACAUUCAUCAAAAUUGGCCAGCAGUUCUCGACAAGGGUAGACAUUCUCGCUCAAGAAUAUGUUGAUCAGUUGUCUGAACUUCAGGAUCAAGUUCCUCCUUUCCCAUCAGAAACUGCUGUAUCAAUUGUGGAAGAAGAGCUUGGAGCUCCUGUGAAUGAAAUCUUUGAUCGGUUUGACUAUGAACCAAUAGCUGCUGCUAGUCUUGGUCAGGUUCACCGUGCAAGGUUGAAGGGAAAGGAAGUUGUUAUUAAAGUACAGAGGCCUGGACUCAAGGAUCUUUUCAACAUUGAUCUGAAGAACCUGAGGGUAAUUGCAGAAUAUCUUCAGAAAAUUGACCCCAAGUCAGAUGGUGCGAAGAGGGAUUGGGUUGCUAUCUAUGAUGAGUGUGCAAAUGUCUUAUAUCAGGAGAUUGAUUACACAAAGGAAGCUGAUAAUGCUGAACUAUUUGCAAGUAACUUCAAGGACAUGGAUUAUGUAAAAGUCCCAACGAUAGUACGGGAAUACACCACACCACAGGUUCUAACUAUGGAAUAUGUCCCUGGGAUCAAAAUAAACAAGAUACAAGCUUUGGAUCAAUUGGGAGUUGAUCGCCAGAGGCUGGGGCGAUACGCUGUUGAAUCAUACUUGGAACAAAUUCUGUCUCAUGGGUUUUUCCAUGCUGAUCCUCAUCCUGGAAAUAUUGCUGUGGAUGAUGUCAAUGGUGGAAGAUUGAUCUUUUAUGAUUUUGGAAUGAUGGGAAGUAUCAGUCCAAAUAUUAGAGAAGGUUUGCUGGAAACAUUUUAUGGAGUUUAUGAGAAGGAUCCAGAUAAGGUUCUUCAGGCAAUGAUUCAAAUGGGUGUUCUUGUGCCUACUGGAGAUAUGACAGCUGUCAGACGAACUGCACAGUUCUUCCUUAGGAGCUUUGAAGAGCGUCUUGCUGCACAGAGAAAAGAGAGAGAAAUGGCAACAAAAGAACUUGGAUUUAAAAAACCACUGAGCAAGGAGGAGAAGAUAAUGAAAAAGAAGGAAAGGCUGGCUGCAAUUGGGGAAGAUUUAUUAGCCAUUGCAGCAGACCAACCCUUCAGAUUUCCUGCGACAUUCACAUUCGUUGUAAGAGCAUUCUCAGUGUUGGAUGGAAUCGGGAAAGGUCUUGAUCCUCGAUUUGAUAUCACUGAGAUUGCCAAACCGUAUGCACUGGAAUUGCUAAAGUUCCGUGAAGCUGGAGUUGAAGUCGUUUGGAAGGACAUUAGAAAGCGAUGGGACAGGCAAUCUCAGGCAUUCUAUAACUUAUUUAGACAGGCAGACAGAGUUGAAAAGCUUGCUGAAAUUAUCCAAAGAUUGGAGCAAGGUGAUCUGAAGCUUAGAGUUCGGACUUUGGAAUCUGAGAGGGCAUUCCAGCGAGUAGCUACUGUCCAGAAGACUGUUGGAAAUGCUGUUGCUGCUGGAAGCCUGAUCAACCUUGCAACACUCUUGUAUAUUAAUUCCAUUCGAGUGCCUGCCAUUGCAGCAUAUAUCUCUUGCGCAUUUUUUGGCGUUCAAGUUCUUAUUGGCAUCAUAAAGGUCAAAAAGUUUGAUGAACGGGAGCGGUUGAUAACAGGGACUGCCUAAUCAAUUGAAUCGCUACAGCUGUGUAAUAGGAAGCUCAUCCAUUGUCAACCUUCCAAUCCUUGAAGAAAAUUAGGAUAUUGGAAAACCUGGAUUUUUGUUGUUUUAUCAACAAUACAAUCCAGCACCUCGAACUUACCAGCAUGUGAUGAUCUUGAGAAGACAAACACUUUCAGACCAAAAAUAGUUGUCUGAACGCAGGAGUUAGCUAGUUUGAACCUCCAUUAGGUCAGGUGUACUAUUAUCAUUUUGAUUGGUGAUGUGUCGUCAGUUUUCCGUUUGAUGACAAUAGCUUUAAUCUAGAGGUCUUUGUAACAAUUGUCUAGCCAAGACUGCCACUUUUUGGCCCCCCCAUCAAUACUUGGCCUGGUGGGAUGUGCAUAAUUGCUGUAUAAUGCUGUAUUAUGUAGAUUUUUUUUCUUUGUAAUGUUAAGGUCAUAUGUAAGUAACUAUAUGUAAAAAAGGAAUCAGAUAUUCUCACCGUAUAAUAUAUAGUCCUGG